GUCAUGUAAGUAGAGAAGUGGUCAAAGUGCAAAGACUGCAAGUGUGGGUAUUUGGACAGGGCAAAAGAAAGAACCGUUAGAGUCUCUGCCAUUACAGUUUUCUGCACUUCCCUGCAGUCUUUCAGAUCUCUCUGUUGGUAUUUUAGGGUGUUUGUUCACCCUCAUCGCUGUCGGUCGGAAGGGUGUGGUUUAGAAAAAAACAGCAAUAUUCAUCGAAAUCAGAUUUUGCUGGAAUCGUCGACAGUAUGAAGAACGCUUUCAAAUUGUUUCAGAUUUUUCUACUACUGUGCGGAGUGUUCAGUGCUGGAACAGAUGAAGUGAAGACAGUGAUGGAGGGAGAAUCAGUCACUCUAAACCCUGAUCUUACUAAAAUACCAGGAAUUAAUCAGUUACUGUGGAGGUUUAGAGAUUCACGUUCAGUCAUUGCUCAAAUCGAUUUAAAUGACAUUUCAUAUCCCACUGUCCCUGAGAUGUUCAAAGACAGACUGAAGCUGGAUCAGACUGGAUCUCUGACAAUCACAAACAUGAGAACUGAACACUCUGGACUUUAUAAACUAGAGAUCAACCACAAAUCUGGGACCUCACGUUUGGAUUUCAGAGUUACUGUCUACGAAUCUCCAGCUGUUAUUGAUGCUUUUAAAGGUGAAAUGAAGAGUGUGUCAGAGACGGAGGGAAAUCCUGUCAGUCUUCAGACUGAUACUGAAACACAUGGAAAAGAGCUGAUAGUGUGGAGGUUUGGAGAUGAAGGAAAACUCAUAGCUAAACAUGAUCUAGAGGCCAAGAGUCCACCAUUAUAUGAUCCUGAUGAGAGAUUCAGAGACAGACUGAAGCUGGAUCAUCAGACCGGAUCUCUGACCAUCACAAACACCAGAAUCACAGACUCUGGAGUUUAUAAAGUGAAGAUCAGCAGCAGCAAACAGACUUUAUACAAGAGAUUCACUCUUACUGUCAGCGAAGGCUGUUGUGGCUUUACUGAAGCUGUGAUCCGAUUGGCUCUCUCUGCUCUAGUGGGCGUGGCUACUGUGGUUGUUCUGGUUUAUGACAUCAGAUCCGGCUGUCUUCAACAGAAGAAGAGCGUCCAGAAAUAGCCAUCAAAAUUAAGUUUGUUGAUAUCAACUAGGAUCAGGCUGUGAUCACAUAAAAUAAUGUGUUGUUUUCUAUGAUCAGUCACUAGUAGGCGCUACAGCAGGAUCUGUAUGAGAGACUCACUCUGAGAGAGUCAUAAUGAUCCAUCAGAAUUCAAUCAUCUCCUUUUUGGCAAAACAACACAAGUACAGAUGAUGGUUUAGUGGUUCUCAACCUGUCAUAAAUGCAAAUGCCGCAAAUGAUAUGCUGACCACAUUUAAAAAUUCCAGUUUCACAUUUUUUUAUUUUUAAAUUAAACUAAAAUGGAUUAAAUGAAAAUAACUUUGAACAUUUUUUUUUUUUGCCAUAUAAAAUCAUUUUGGUGAUAAUAUAUUAUUUUCAGACAUGCGCAUGGUUACUUCCACAUGUGCUAGCAUGAUGAAUCUUUGUGUAUUUACUAGUCGCCAUAUCGACAAUAUAUAGAGAGAAAAAAAUGUGCAAAAAUUCAGAAAUCUUUGGGAGAUAUUGCUGAACAUUUAUUUAACAAUAGCAAAAGUAAAUUUCUUACGAUCAUUUUUCAUCUAUAUUUUUUGUGUUUAUUUAAAAUGAGACAGAAUCUGUUAUUUAUCAGUUUAGUUAGUUAUUUAAUGCUGGUCUAGAGUCGUACUAGAGAGAUUGAUUGUGAGGGAUUAUUUGGAUAUUGUGAUUUUGGACAUUUGAUAAUUCUUGUUAAUAAUUAAAACCUACGCCUGUUUGACGAUUCUGGAUUCUGAUUUUGCUUUGUUUGCUACGGACUUCUAUAUUUAUCACCUGUAAAUAUUCUUGUAUAUAUAUUUUUGCCAAAUUAAUGAAUGUAAGGGGUUUGACGACAUUUUAUUUUGCAUAUCUAUCUUUUCACAUUGUUUUUGGUUAGGGAGGUUGGUAAGUUUAAACUGUAUUUUGUUUUCUUUAUGUUUGUGUUAGGAGUUAGAGGUUAAACAAAGAGAUUGUUUUGUCUGGAACUUGUCUGCCCCUGACGCCAAACCCUUAAUAAGAAAUAAAACAUUUUUUUUUCGGCA